AUGAGUGAUCCCAUUCUUAUACCAAAAGAUUCCCCCAAUGAUAUCAAUUUCCAACUUGAUCAUUUACAACCAGAACAAAAAACAAGAAUGGAACAUUUGCUAAAUAGUCAUAAUGAUAUGUUUGCCACAAAUUCAGGAGAGUUAGGCCUUACAUCAGUAUCAGAGUAUAAGGUUCAAACUCAAGAUGCAGUGCCCUCGACGUUUGCCAAAUGCACUUCGACCUGUUGUAGAAGAACAAGUUAGUGAAAUGUUAGAGAACCAAGUGAUAAAGCCAAGUAAUUCACCCUGGGCCAGCCCCAUAGUCUUGGUGCGAAAGAAGGAUGGUGAUUGGCGCUUUUGCAUUGAUUUUCGAAAAUUAAAUGAAGUAACCGUAAAGGAUGCAUUCACUUUACCCCAAGUUGCUGAUUUGGUUGACUCGUUAUCAGGACAUAGAUAAUUCUCAACGCUAGAUCUGGCGUCUGGUUAUUGGCAGGUUCCAAUGGAAGAGUCCAGUCAAGAGAAAACAGCCUUUGUUAUCCCCGGAGGACGACAUUUUGAGUUUCUACAGAUGCCAUUUGGGUUGACAAAUGCGGUUCCUACGUUUCAAAGGCUUAUGUCAGUCGUUCUGGAAGGUCUCUUGCCUCUUAGGUGUCUUGUAUACCUAGAUAAUGUACUACCGGUCAUUGGUCGGUCUUUUGAGCAGCAUUUAGAGAAUCUGGAAGCAGUUCUAGAAGCAAUCAGCAAAGCAGGACUGAAACUGAAACCUUCAAAAUGUCAUUUUGCACAAUAAAGUGUAGACUUCCUUGGUUUUACUAUUUCAGAUUCAGGUUUGGUUCCAGAUUCCAAGAAAGUGGAAGCUAUCAGCAGAUAUCCAACUCCGAAAGACCUGACAGAGUUAAGGCGCUUCCUUGGUAUGGCUUCGUACUACCGCAGGUUUAUCUCUGGGUUUAGUGACAUUGCUAGUCCACUAAUCGUCUCACUCAGAAAGACAUGCCAUUUGUAUGGGAUGAGAACUGUGAAAAUGCAUUCCAAACUAUCAAAGAGCAACUUAUGUCGAGUCCUGUUCUGGCAUUAGACUGAUUUAGAUCGAGGACGCGGACGUCAAAGACGACGUGAAAAUGGCGUCAAAAUGGCGUGGCAUAUCCAUACAUGGGCACAACACGCCAUUUUCACGUCGUCUUUGACGUCCGUGUCUUCGAUCUAAAUCUGUCUAUUCCCAGAACCAAACGGUGAUCAUAUUCUAUACACCGAUGCAAGUGAUGUAGGAGCUGUUUUGGUACAAUAGGAUGGAGAGGGGGAUGAGAAAGUUAUAUCUUAUGCAUCAAAAGCGUUCUCAGGUUCAGAGAAGAACUGGACUACCACAGAGAAAGAAGCAUACGCUGUUGUUUGGGCUCUCCAAUAUUUCCAUCCUUAUGUGUACGGACGAAAGGUGGUCAUAUAUACAGAUCACAAGGCUCUAAAGUGGUUGAAAAACGUUAAACAUCCGAAUGGUAAACUGGCACGCUGGAUUUUGAAACUGGAAGAGUACGAGUGUACGACUACACUAUAGAACAUAAGCCUGGUAAUAUGAUGCAACAUGCUGAUGCACUUUCCCGUGCCCCGGUUAACAGCAUUCGGAUUUCCACAUUGUCGUGGACGGAACUUGAAGAAACUCAAAACCUGGAUGAUGAUAUUCUGUUGGUAAGGAGAUGGGUAUUGAAAGGUUUAAGACCAGAUGCUAAACCAAAAGAUACCAGCCCGAUGUUGAAAGCGUUGAACAAUGUCUUUGAAUCUUUAGUCGUUAAAAAGAAUGUUCUUUGUCGAAAAUGGAUCGAUGAAGAUGGUAAAGAAACGUUACAGAUCGUUGUACCUAAGUUGGCUUCACCUGCAAUUUUGAAAGAUGCCCAUCAGCAAGUUGGUCACCUUGGAAUAGCAAAAACAUUCGAAAUGAUUCAGAGAGGGUUUUAUUGGCCUGGAUUUUACAAAGAUGUAGAAACAUUUUGUAAAAGCUGUGAAAUUUGUGCGAGAAACAAAGUUGUACCAAGACCUCGAAGUCCUAUGAAACCAAUUGACAUUGUUCCAGUGCCAUUUUACAUGAUAGGAGUAGAUCUUAUUGGUCCUUUGAAGUUAACACGUCAGGGAAACAAGUAUAUCCUUUCCAUUAUUGACUAUUAUACGAAGUAUGCAGAAGCAAUAGCUCUUCCUAAUCAAGAGGCGGAGACAGUAGUUCGAGCUUUGGAACAAGUGUUUGCCAGGCAUGGAAUGCCUUCAGUUUUGCUCACGGACCAGGGCCGUAAUUUUGAAUCUCAUCUAGUAGCAAGUAUGUGUCAGUUGUUUGGGAUAGAAAAGAGGAGAACUACCGCUUAUCACCCACAGACAUAUGGACUAUGCGAGCGUUUCAAUAAAGACUCUCCUUCGAAUGAGAGUUAUUGACAAUGAUAAGGACGUUUGGGAUGAGCAACUACCUCAUGCUUUACUAGCGUAUCGAGUUAGCAAGCAGUCUUCUACCGGAGCAACACCAUUUGAAAUGUUGUAUGGAAGAGAUCCCAGAUUGCCUGUAGGAGUAGAACCUGAAGAACUAGAAACCAAACCGACUCAUGGACCCGCCAAGUACCUAGAAGAUUUAAAGAAGCGACAGAAUUAUUAUUAUUAUUAUUAUUAUUAUUAUUUAUAUUUAUUACACAUAUUAUUUAUAUUUAUUUAUUAAUAUUUAUUAUACACGAUGUCGCGACAGCAGCGAUCGAAAUUAAAAUGGACAGAGCAAAUGAAUACAGAUCUGCUGGAAUGUGAGAAGAAAGCGAUGGAAUUCCUUAAAUCGGAAAACCCGCCAUGCCAUGUGAACGGCAGAAAGAAAGGCUAUAUACAAGUUAUGAAAGAUCUGUGGGACAAGAAAGGAUACGAACAUCUUGGAUUGAAGAGCCAAAACCUGCGAGAUCAAGCCGCUAGGCUUGAGAAAAUUAACGCUGCAGCUGAGACUCGUGCUAUCGGUAAGGUAAGCGGCGGAGCGGUUAUCGAUGACGAUGAAAUUAGACAUUAGAUGAAAACCAGAGAAGGCAUAACACGAUUUCACAACAUGAAUUUAACAAUUUUGAAAAUCAAAACACUAUCACAGGGAGCAGAGGAGUCGAGUUUAUCUAGUAAAACAAUACAAACGCCGUCUUACUUUGUUAAUUGUAAUAUCUUUCAUUGUAGAAUCCCCAUGUGUGCAUUAAAAAUGCAUAUUUUACAAUUUAUAGUCUGUUGAAAUUGUCGUGAAACCAUAUAAAGUUUAUAAACAUUGUAUGCCUUGUAUGAUUUUUUAUUCGUACUUCAUGUAACAUGAACACCAAAUGAAUAUACUCUGCUGUUCUAGAUUAUCAUGGGCUCACAUUUCGCUAUACUUAGUAAACAAUAAGAAACGAAGAAAGGGAGGAAACAGUCAUUGGGGUGAUAUUUUAGGAUGGCUAUAACUUGCUUAGUAUUUCAUAAAAAAACAUAAUUUUUUGCAUGCAAGCUGGAAAUGAUCUAUUCUUACUACGCUAGGAAAUAAAUUUCAAUAAACGGUCGUUUAACCUACAUAUUUGACGACCGAUAUUCAUCGAUUAUUUUCGUACGAUGUGCACCGCAACACCCUAUGACGGAAAUGACGUAUUGUUUCGUGUUUAUGCAUGAUUGUUCAAAUUUUUCGAAUACUAAUUACAACUGUCAAAUGAAGUUCUGCUUCGUCAUUGGUCAAUGGCCGGUUUUAUUCACUUCCGUCAUAGGGUGUUGCGGUGCACAUGCGACGAAAGAUCUGCAAUGUUUCCUCCCUUUCUUAGUUUCUUACUCGUUGAUAUCUCGGACAGUGUUCGUUAGCUUUUCGGGAAAUACAAGUUUACGGUAAUUCAAGACAGCGGAGUAUAUUAAUUGUUGAAAUUCAUAUUUUGGUUUUAUAUUCGAUAACUUUGGUGAAUAAAUAUGUAUUUUUAAUGCACACAAUGGGAUUCUACAAUGAAAUAUACUAGAAUUAACAAGGUAAGAUGGUGUUUGUCUUGUUUUACUAGAUAAACUCGACUCCUCUGCUCCCUGUGACACCAUUAGUCAAAAUGCAAAUUUGGAGGUAAACAGCAAUCUGGAUUUGCAUACAGACAAUGAUAUUGUCCAAAACAGUCACGAACGGCAAGAAACCGAAGCUGCAGAGUGCUUUGAAGUGACUAAUGACUGUCCUGGUGAACCACACGCCGGCAUACAUGAAGCAGGACGUCUACCCGACUAUGUUGCUGUUGAUAUACCAUCGAUUACCAUCUGGGGACGCAGAGCGGACGGCUCAAUAAUUACGGUCAACUUGUCAACCAUAAUUAAUGCAUACGAUGAAAUUACGCGAUGGCGUAAAAAUACUUUUCUCGUCCCGUAUGGCAAAGUUGGGCGAGACUUUAUCGACCAGCUAACACAACAUAUAAACGAUUGGAACAACGCAUCGCAAACACAACACAUAGCGCUGAAAGCUGCAAUUGUUCUCUUGGCAACGGCACUGCAAAAGCCAAGCGUAAAAUCGAAGGCAAAAGAUCACAAAGAGUGCUUGGAAAAACGACUAGCGCUAUGGAAAGAAGAAGAAGUCGAGAGCUUACUUCGUGAAGGCCGGUCCAUUCAAAAGCGUCUAGCAAAGGCUAAAAGGACGGAGCCUCCAAAUAAAGCGAAGAUAUUCGCCAAGUUGGUCAUGGAAGGUCAGAUCAAUUCUGCUUUGAGAUAUCUCAGUGAGGCUGAUUUUGAUGGAGUGCUGCCUUUGACUGACGACGUGAUGAGACAGCUUCAGGAGAAACACCCUGAGGCACAAGAGGCCAAACUUGGCUCGUUACUCUCCGGGCCAUUUGAGGAAGUGCACGAUUCGUUAUAUCAGCAGAUCGAUAGCGAGACAGCAUUGCGAACCAAGGGCUCCGGCGGCCCUUCAGGAGUGGAUGCAAAUGGAUUCAAGCGUAUUUUCUCAUGUAAAUCGUUUAAGAAAUCAGGCGUAAACUUGUGUGAGGCAGUAGCAACAAUGACCCGGCGGCUAUGUACGGAAUACAUUGACCCGAGAACUAUCGAGCCUAUAUUAGCCAACAGGCUUAUACCUCUUGACAAAGGCGAGGGCGCGGUUCGUCCAAUUGGCGUCGGGGAAGUUAUCAGGAGGAUUGUUGGGAAAUGUGUUAUGAAAGUGAUUAAGCCCGACGUGAUUGAUGCCAGUGGAUCGCUACAGGUGUGCGCAGGUCUUAAGAGCGGAAGUGAGGCAGCCGUUCAUGCGAUGCACUCCAUAUUUGAAGCAGACGAGACAGAUGCCGUACUUCUGAUUGAUGCCUCAAACGCAUUCAACGCACUCAAUCGAGCGGCUGCACUCCACAACAUAACAGUUCUGUGUCCAUCUAUGUCAACCUACGCAAUUAACACCUAUCGCGAACCACCUAGACUAUUUAUAUCUGGUGGAGGAGAGCUCAAGUCCACCGAGGGCACCACAGAAGGGGAUCCCCUGGCCAUGGGGAUGUAUGCCAUCAGUCUUCAACCCCUGAUCACCGGAUUGAAUGUGUCAAGCAACGUUAAGCAAUGUUGGUUUGCUGACGACGCGAGUGGCGCGGGAUUUCUGGAAGAUAUCAAGAGAUGGUGGGAACACCUGAAUGAAGCUGGCCCUAAUUUGGGAUACUUUCCAAAUGCUAAGAAAUGCUGGCUGAUCAUAAAGCCUGGAAAAGAAGAAAGUGCUCAUGCUAUUUUUGAUGGGACAGCGAUCAAUAUCUCUGCGCAGGGGCAAAAGCAUUUGGGCGCAGCCUUGGGUUCUAUGGCUUUCCUGGAAGAAUACGUGAACGGCAAGGUAGAGGACUGGGUUAGCCAAAUCGUCAAGCUAGCUGAAUUCGCAGCGUCACACCCACAAGCCUGCUAUGCCGCCUUCACCUUUGGCCUCCGCCAUCGAUGGACGUAUUUUCUUAGAACACUUCCAGAUAUAGAAGAUUUACUGGAGCCCUUGGAGCGUGCUAUUGAUGAUGUCCUGAUACCAUCAAUUACGGAUCAUCACUGUACAAAGAGUGAAAGGAAUCUCCUGGCACUCCCAGUACGAAUGGGCGGUCUUGGCCUUAUAAAUCCUAGACAGGAUGCAGCACUGCAGUACGAAACGUCAAUAAAGACCACAGCGCCACUGGUAGAGAAAAUUAUCGCACAAGCCUACGAAAUUCCAGAUGACUCUGUUAUUCACACACUGCAGCAGAAUGCGCGAAAUGAAAAGAACGAAGUACUUCAGGCUAAACGGGAUGGUAUUAAGUACUCUCUACCCCCGAAAACACGGCGUGCUAUGGCACUAGCAACUGAAAAAGGCGCAUCCAACUGGCUAACAGUUAUCCCCAUUAAGGAAAUGGAUUACAAUCUGAACAAGGGUGAGUUUCGAGACGCAGUAAAGCUGAGAUAUGAGUGGAAAAUUGCUGAUAAGCCAUCAGUAUGCGUGUGUGGCAAUACUUUCAAUAUUGAUCACGCAAUGAUCUGCAAGCGAAGUGGGUUCAUCAUACAGCGCCACACCGAGCUGCGAGAUCUUAAGGCUGAUAUGCUUAACAUCGUCUGCAAUGAUGUCGAGGUUGAACCCGUUCUUCAAGAGUUAACUGGCGAGGUUUUACCAAGUGGAGCAAAUACAGCAUCCGACGCUCGCCUAGAUAUCCACGCUCGAGGGUUUUGGGAGAAACAAAGGUCCGCGUUCUUUGACAUUAGGGUUUGUCACCCCAACGCGGAAUCCUACAAAGACCUGAGCCCUCAACAGAUAUACAGGCAACAUGAAAACGAGAAGAAGAGGAUGUAUGCCCAAAGAGUGAUGGAGAUAGAACACGGAACUUUUACACCAUUAGUAUUUACAACGACUGGAGGCAUGAGUGAAGAGUGCAAGAGGUAUCAUAGCAGAUUGGCCGAGCUCAUAGCAGCGAAGAAAGGCGAAGACUACUCUACGACCAUGUCCUGGAUACGAGCCAAG